AUUCACCAAAGAACCAAGUAUCCAAUAAACGCUUAGCUAGCUGUGCGUUAUCAACAACAACCAUGCUAGACAGUUUAUCAGUAAUAUUCAAUAGUAUUUAAAAAUUUGAAUGUAUUCAUGCUAAAUCCACAAGUGAACUUUACUUUGCGCUGUACAUUAGCUGAUAUAAACACGGGCUAGCCAACUUCGCCAAGGGUUGUUUGUGUGCUCAAACUAACUAGCUAGCAUGUACGCUAACAUUUAGAGAACUUAUUCUAAAAAGCAGGAAACGAAUGAUUGGAUAUCAGCAGGUUUUCUUGAAACAACAUGAUGGAAUCGUCCAUUAAAGGAAAAGCCAAGCGAAGGCACCUGACCUCAGAGGAGUGUCGUGAAAUGAGUAGGAGACCAGAGGUCAGCCAACGCCUCACACAGCCCCACUCCGUCACUCGCAGGCACAGCAACUCAGACCCCAACCGGGGGUUGUACCCCAGAACACCCACAAAGAGAAAGAGCGAUGCGAGUGAUGACAAGCAGCAGCAGGGGAUCACUCAGUUUUUCCCUGUGAUCGGUCCUCAGAAAGCAGCCCUGUCCCAGGGCUCAGGUUCCAUAAAGACAGAGGGAUUCAACGGAGAGCUCAUCCCCAAAAAGGAGCCUGUUGAGGAGAAGGAGGCACUAGCCACUCCUAUGAAGGAGGAACCUGAGGAUGAGAAGGUGGACUAUCUGGAGGGGCUGACAACGGACAUGUUUGGGGACGACAAGGAGUUUGAGCGCUGUUGGUUAGAUCCAGCCCCAGCCUUUAUGAACCACCAUGACGAGGAGGUGGAGGCCCUGCCUGACGCCCACUAAGGCCUCUUGGGAAGCAGCAGGGGCCUGGCCCAUCCCCAGGGCCAUGUGGACGACCUCCCAGAGGAGGUGCUGAUGCUGGUGUUGAGCCUCCUGCCUGCU